UCACUCUCUCUCUCUCUCUUCUUCAGCCAAAUCAGCCCUUCAUGCAACCACUGCAAAGUCCACAUCUAUAUAAUUCACACUCUAAAAAACACACAUAGAUAUAGAUUAGAUAUAUACAUACACUUAUUCUCUCUAUCACACACGCACACAAUUAUGAGCAGAAACUGAGAAGUGCAUAAUUGAGCGAUGGAUGACGUCAACGGCGCGGUGCCGCCGUACGCCGGAGUACGAUUUUCCGGCAGCGGAAAUGUUCCGAGAGCAUCAUCGAUGACGGAGGAUUGGCGGUUUCAUGUCACGGAGUUUGCGAAAGGAGUGGCGGAAUUGAGCGUUGAGUUUGGGAAAGGAUGUAGAGAUGUAGUGAAACAGAGUAUAUUGAGAGAUGAUUCAUUUAUAGUACGGAAUCUCAGUGGUCCGUGUAAAUCGGCGUGUGUGAAAUUGAAGUUUUUGAAUCAGUAUUUACCUGAAGAUCGUGAUCCGAUGCAUUCGUGGAGUGUCAUUUCCUUCGUUUUCGCCGUUGUUCUUGCAGUUCUGAUUGCAACUUCUGAAACUGAUACAACCCCUCCCAUGAUACAAAAAUUGUACAUGCAUCCUCCCAAUGCUACUCGUAUACUAUUACCGGAUGGCAGACACUUGGCUUACCUAGAGCAAGGGGUUCCAUCUGAGAGGGCUCGAUUUACUCUGGUCAUAUCACAUUCUUUCCUUUCAUCACGACUUGCAGGAAUACCUGGGAUUAAGGCUUCACUACUCGAAGAAUUUGGUGUUCGUUUGGUUACAUAUGAUCUUCCUGGGUUUGGGGAAAGUGAUCCUCAUCCUGGCAGGACCCUUGAGUCUUCAGCAAUGGACAUGUUGUACUUAUCAUAUGCUGUGCAUAUAACUGACAAGUUCUGGGUGGUUGGACACUCUGGCGGAAGCUUACAUACAUGGGCUGCACUUAAGUAUAUUCCAGAUAGAGUUGCAGGCGCUUUCAUGGUAGCCCCAUUGCUCAAUCCAUAUGAACCAAGCAUGAACAAGAUUGAAAAACGUAGAGCCUGGGAAAAAUGGACAUUGAAAAGGAAAUUUAUGUACUUCUUAGCACGGAAGUUUCCGGCACUUCUUCCAUACUUCUACCGCAGCAGCUUCUUGUCAGGAAACCUUGAUCAAAUAGAUAAGUGGCUAUCAAUGUCACUUGGAAAAAGGGACAAUAUUUUCAUUGAAGAAGUAAAAUAUCAAGAGUUCUGGCAGAGGGAUUUAGGGGAGUCAGUUCGACAGGGUAAUGUAAAACCCUUUGUAGAGGAAGCAGUCUUGCAGGUAUCAAAUUGGGGUUUUAGCAUCAGUGAUCUCAAUGUCCAGAAGAAACGUCAAGGAAAAGGAAUCAUCUUCUGGCUCAAGUCUAUAUACACACGACCUCGAGAAGAGUUGACUGGCUUUCUCGGUCCAAUACAUAUAUGGCAGGGGAUGGAAGAUAGGGUGGUGCCACCAUCAAUGAGUGACUAUGUACAUCGAGUGCUACCAGGAGCAAUGGUGCAUAAACUUCUUUAUGAGGGCCAUUUCACCUACUUUUACUUUUGUGACGAAUGUCAUAGACAGAUGCUCACCACGGUAUUUGGCAACCCGCAAGGUCCUUUGCCAAUUACAGUUGAACCAGUAAUUCCCAUGAAGAACGAUACUAAUGAAGUAACUGAAGAAACAGAGGAAGAAGAGGAGAUACAAGUUAGUUAUUCAGACUACAAUUCAGAUAUUACUUUUCUUUAGUUCAGCUUGAGAUGCGAAUUUUAGAUGCAUACACAACACUUUGUUAGAGCCGAUGACUGAUCCCAAUGCAGUCAUGCUAAUAACACUUUGUAGGCUGGAAAAGAGAUCAGCAAACCCACCAGCCAAGAUACUUGAAUGAUGAUUAUACAUAGUAAAAGAUUAGAUUUGUAUAUCCGGCUCUUGAUCUGACCGGUAGGGUAUAACUUUUCAUCCACAAUUAAGGGUUGUGGUUGUGAAAAGGAUCGAAGAAACAAAACGGCUAUGAAAUGUGGAUUUCUGUCAA